CAAAGCAAUCGUUGUUUGUAAACAUGGUAAAUAAUAGUUGCCGUCAACCGGGCCGGGCCCAAGGCCACCGGUCGAUGAAUGUUUGUCUGCUUGUCUGCAGCGGCGGCGAUCGUCGUUUACCACAGUUUGACCCAGGGUAUAUUGAGUGAAGUUUGACCACAGUAGGGGGUUGUGACUGUGAGAAGUUGUUAUGGUGGAAUUGGGGCGGAUUUUCAAUGGUUUGAGAUGUCCGAGAAAACCCAUCUGUCGUCGAGCAGCUUUCCGACGGAGACGGUCAGAGGUCACCUUUCGGAGAACGGCGAAAAUCCACCGAAUGGUGGAACUCUCCUGUCAGAGGACGGCACUCGGCCAUGCAUCCGUUCUUCAGCAGGUGACCUUUGCCCUACGAGCGGCACUCGUCCCCCUCCGGAGUACAGCAUACGCCCACUGGAGGACUCGACUCGCUCGGUGGAGGUCGACACUCGCUCUUCAGAAGAUGCGACAACCCGUGGAGAUCUGUCUGUAUGUGACACGACCCGCCUUAUCAUGCAGUCGCAGAGGGUAUCGGCGAGAGAAAGUGUCGACUCCGGCUCCUCUGAGACUGGAAUCGAGCGGCAUGUGUCAAACGAUGUCUCGCGCGCUGAUGGGGGUGUUAGAUUUCCUUCCGGGGAGAACAGGAAUACGGUUCAGCUCGGAUUGGGUAGGGCGGGAUCUGGAGUUUCAGUGAACUCGCAGUCACCGGUGGACGGUGAAGGUAGCUGUACGACCGGUGUCAGUGCGCCCACGGCUGGCGAGAGAGACUGUGGAGGGACUUCCCCAGCUGGUGAACAUGUCUCUGAAGAACCUCCCGCAGCCGGCGGCGACAUAUCUAGUGUGAGGCCGGCGGUGCCGCGGCCCCGGUCCGCAGAGCCCGAGACGGGGGGUCCGGACCGCCCCCCGCCGGCGCCGACUCCUCUCAGGAACGGUCUGCACCUGCCGGUACAGGAGCGAGUGUCGAGCGGCCCGCCCAGCUCCCCCGGCGACGACCCGGGCUCCCCGCUGCGGCGCAGCAGCUCGCUCAGCCGCCAGCCGCGCUUCGAGGUCCGGCCGGCGCUCACCAAACAGCAGGUCAAGUACGCGCUGGCAGAGGGCGGCGACCACGCAGAGGACACCCGGCUGGCGCCGCCGGACGGCCGCUGGGCCUGGAUGGUGCUCGCCGCCAGCAUGACCAUCAACGUCCUCAUCCCGGGCUUCAUCAAGUCGUUCGGCGUGCUCUUCGACGAGGUGUGUGAGCGGUUCGACGCGUCGCCGGCGGCCGUCUCCUGGGUGCCGGCGCUCUCCUUCUUCAUGUACAACUUCAUGGGUCUGGUGGCUGGCGCCAUCUGCCAAAAGUACUCGUGCCGUGCCACGGCCACGCUCGGAGGUCUGCUCGCAUCGGCAGGUCUGAUCAUCAGCUGCACUGCCGACCACAUCUACUACCUCUACAUCGGACUGGGCCUGAUGGGCGGCUGCGGCGGCUGUUUCGUCUACUGCUCCGGUAUCCUGGUGGUGGGCAGCUACUUCGAGCGGCGCCGCGGCCUCGCCAACGGUCUCUGCGUGUCGGGCAGCGCGCUGGGAGCCAUGGUGUUCCCGCCUGUGCUUGACCUGAUGCUCGAGCGGCACGGCUUCAGUGACGCCAUGCUGCUGCUCGCUGCCGUGCUGCUGCACGUGGUGCCGUGCGCGGCGCUGUACCAGCCGGUCGAGUGGCACAUGGUGCGUGUGCCGGCGGCCGGCGCCCACUCGCCGCCGCCGCUCUCCUGCGGGGAGCCGGAGCGGCCGGCGCCGGGCUGCCGGUCGGCGGCGCUCGGCCGGCGCGCCUCGCACCCGCUGCCGCCGCCGGCCUCCCCGUGCGCCGAGACGCUGAGCUGCAGCAGCGGCUCGGUGCAGUCGCUCUACUAUCUGUCGACGGUGCUGCACGGCAGCGCGCUGGCCGCCUCGCAGCGCCAGGGCUCGCACCAGAUCAUCGAGGCGGCCAUCCGGCGGCGCACGGGCAGCGUGUGCUCGCCGGCCGAGCGGCCGCCGCCCCCGUCCUCGCCGCCGCCGCCGCCGCCGCCGCGCCGCCCGCUGGUGGAGCUCACUCUGCUCUGGAACCCCGUGUUUCUGCUGAUGAUCACCUCCAGCGCCCUGUUCCAGGUGUCGGUGUCGAACGUGCUGGUGGUGCUGCCGUCGUACGUCACCCACCUGGGCUACCGGCGCCAGCAGGCGUCUCUGCUGCUCUCGGUGUUCGCCGGCUGCGACCUGGUGGGCCGGGUGGGCGGGGCAGCGCUCUCCGACCUGCGCCUGCUGCCGCGGCGCGCCUACCUGCUGGCCUGCUACCUGCUCAGCGCCGCCGCUCUGGCCGCCCUGCCCACGGCCGCCGCCCAGUACCCGGCCGCCGGCCUGGCCGUGGCGCUGGCCGGCCUGGCCACCGGCGGCGUCAUGGGCCUCUACUCGGUGAUGCUGAUCGAGUACCUGGGCCUGGAGCGGCUCGGCUCGUCGUACGGCCUCAGCGUGUGUCUGAGCGGCGUGACGCUGCUGGCCGGGCCGCCGCUGGUGGGCCUGCUGCGCCAGGCGGCGCCCUCGCCCCACCUGGUCAUCUACGUGCUGGCCGCGCUGCCUUUCCUGGCCGCCGCCGUGUGGCUGGCCAUGCCGUACGCCCAGCGGCACGUCCAGCGCCGGGAGGCCGCCGUCGCCGUGUAGAUACGGAGAGCGUGAGAAUCCGCGGUAUGGUUACGUAUUACAUACUACUGUAUGUAGCCGAGGUUACUGCCUAGCCGUUAGGCUCAAUAUCCAACACGCGUUGUCGGAGUGGAACACUCGCUCAGAGGUGCAUGUUCUAGUGCAGAGUGGACGGCCCCAGCCGAGGUUAGCACGUGCCGUGCAGUGAGCGUGGUCAGAGCGAGUGUCGAUAUACGCGCCACGGCCGCUACUUUGGCGAGCCUUCUGCGCCACACUGAACGUAUCGACUUUAAUUGCGUGAUAAGAUAACGUCGAUCUCACCCAUCUGCCGUGCAAAGGAAGAAAACCGUAAGCGCCAUUGAACAAAUUUUACAGGAGAGCAUUUUUUCGUGUUUUGCGCAACACAUGAAAACUUGCUGCAUUCUUUUGUGUAAAUUGGGUAUCAAAAUAACCGCCUUUGAACGGGCAUGACAUUGGUAUAUGAUUUUAUUUUAAAAAAUAUAAACCUAUCGAGAUAAUUCGAAAAAGUUUAAUUGCCUUUGCGUAUUAACCCAAUCUCGAGAAAAAUAUCGAGGCAAAAAAACGUAAGUCACAGCCGACACGGAAGGUGGCGGAUACGGUUCCUAUACGUUUUCUUGCCUUGGUCACCAUGACUAAUAAUCUACGCGCAUAAAACCGUAUCUAA